AGCAGCCAGAGGGAUCACACCAUUUAAAGUUCAGGGGACUUAGCGACGUUGUAUCAACUUACAAAAUGAGAUUGACCAUUGUGCUGAUUGUGUCGCUGUUUAGUGGCUUAAUUUUGGCCCAGGAAGGUGAUAAUGUAAGUGGUACACAGUCAUGUGAUGCUUGUGAAGUAAGUGAGAAACUAAAGGCUAUGGAAACCAGACUGGUGAACAGUGAAACCAGACUGGUGAACAGUGAAACCAGACUGAUGGACACUGUAACCAGACUGAUGGACACUGAAAACAGACUGAAGGAGAGUGAAAACCAGAUUCUUGAACUGAAGAACAAAGAACAUAAGACGGUCAUAUUCAGUGCAGCAACAGGAGGAGGAGGGAAUACCAUUGGACCCUUCAACACAGACACAACUUUAAUCUACAGAACCUUGAUCACAAACAUUGGAGCCGCCUACAGUCCAUCCACAGGUAUCUUUGUUGCCCCGGUUCCAGGUGUUUAUUACUUUACCAUCUUCUUUCAUGUUGGACGGGACCAUGGCACCAUCUUACGGCUCUACAAGAACAAUGAAUUGAUUAUAAAGACACAUGAUUUCCCUUCAACCUCUGACCGGGCUGAUAAUGGAGGAAACACAGUUUUCCUGCAGCUUGUUCAAGGAGACCGGGUGUAUGUGCAGCUGGGUGCAAACAAACAUGUUUGGGGAACUGACUAUGAUACAACCUUCAGUGGUUUUUUGGUCACUGAAAUGUGAGAAUCUGUAUCUCUGUUUUCAUUCCUGCUUGAGGGUGGCUGAAAAAGAUCUGAGCUCUCUAUAAACUGAAUAUCUAUCACAAUGAAAUGUUCAAAUGUAAUGAAACACAUAGCUGUUGCUCAUAGAAUCAUAAAAUCAAGACUAAGUAUGUCUUCUUCAAUCAUUGCUUUAUUAAAUUCAUUAUGCUGCAAAGUUGACAGUGAAUUUCUUGUUUUCUGUUUCCUGAAUAUCUUAAUAUAUUGAGUGUUGUGCAUUUCAAUUCAAAGCUCCAUCUCAUUGCAACAACCUCUCAACUUAGAUGUCUAACCUGCCUGAUAAUGCAUCAAUGGAAGACACAUGGAGCGAGAAAUGAAGACGUGGAGAAGUUCCCAUUUAUUCAAAUGUCAAGAAGUGCUACUUUGAUACUAGCGAACCUAUUUGCAUUACAGUAUUCAAAACUCACCUGCUUCAUCUCAAACUUGCAAAGGUGGCUCGAGUUGUAUCAGAUAGAGAUUCACUGGACUCUGUCCCUUAAAGGAUCUUGGUAGAUAAAGAAAUACAACAUCA